CAAUUGGGGGAAAAAAAAAAGGUGUUAAAUUAUUUAUUACUGUGAACGACUCCGAAGGAAUAGCCACAGGUCUGUCCCGGGUUUCCGGGACCAUCUGGACGUGUAUUCAGAGCCGGGAUCGCCAGAGCUGGGAUCACAAGUUCGCGGGCUCAGCUGUCAGGCGAAAUAAUUAAAUAAUUUCGUUGUUACCCCCAAAUGAACGCUUUGAGGAGUAAAACGCUUUGGUACCUCAGCCUUGAAGGGACCCUUUUCACUCGGACCCCGUGUGUUCUGCCGAGCAAUCGAUCACCGUGCGCCCGGGGACACCGGGAUCAGCGCUCAUGAAUAGGCAAAGCGCCGUGGCCGCGCUGCUGCGGGACUGCGAGCGGGCUCUGGACACGCUCCUGCCGAAGGCAGAGCCAGAGGCCGGCCCGGGCGAGGCGGAGCAGCGGGAAUUCCGCCGGUGCCAAGCUCUGCUUCCUGAGGAGCUGAGGAGCCUUCUGGAGGAGGCAAAGGAAAUGAAGUGGCCCUUUGUGCCGGAGAGGUGGCAGUACAAACAAGACCUGGGCCCAGAAGACAAAACAAACCUGCAAGAUAUGAUCAGCGCCAGGCUCCCUGACCUGCUGGCUUUUCUGAAGGCCUCCAUCCUGGCCGGGGAGUGCAGCACGGCCGUGGCCGCGGUGUUCCUGCUGGACCGCUUCCUGUACUGGAUCGACGGCUCCCGGCGGCUGCUGCGCAUCGCGCAGGGGCUGCACCGCCUGCAUCCCGCCGCGCCCGUCAGCCCGCAGCUGCUCAUCCGCCGCGCUCGCCUCGCCCUCAGCGCAGGUAAACUUUUAAAAGCUGAAUAUAUCCUAAGCAGCCUGAUUAAUGACAACGGAGCAACAGGAACCUGGCGAUACACUGAGGAGAGCGAUCGGAUUCUUGUUCAGGCAGUCUGCUUACAAAUCAGGGGACAGAUUCUGCAAAAGCUUGGGAUGUGGUAUGAGGCAGCAGAGUUGAUCUGGGCUUCAGUCGUGGGAUACUUCAAACUCCCUCAGCCAGAUAAAAAGGGAAUUGCCACAUCCUUGGGUAUUAUGGCAGACAUCUUUUCUUCCAUGAAUGAGCAGGAUUAUGCACGCUUUAAAACCAGUGCUGACAUUGACCUGAGCCUCCUGCAGGAGUUCAGCCACCGCUUGUUAUCAGCAGCUGAGGCCUGCAAGCUGGCAGCUGCCUACAGCCAGUACACCCCCCUGUUUGUCCUCACAGCCGUGAACAUCCGUGGGAUGUGUCUGCUGUCCUACAGUCACUCCAAGGACUGUCCCCCGGAAAAGAGAGAGUUCUACUUGUCUGAAGCCAAGGAAUCCUUCGAGAUCGGGCUGCUCACCAAGGAGGAGCAGAGUGCCAUCACCAGCAAGCAGGAGCUGCACAGUUUCAUCAAAGCUGCCUUCUGCCUGGCCACCGUGCACCGAUGGCUGCACGGAGAGAGCCAGGAGCUGCAGGAGGUCACCCAGCUGUGCAGGGAAGCCCUGGCAAAGCUGCACUCCUACAGCACCUUGUUCCCAGAGGAGGAAGAUAAAGGGAGGCUUGCCGAAGAGAUCAUGUCUCUGAUCGCCACCGUGAAGAAGCGCCUGCGAGUGGGAAGCUUCCCGAAUUCCGAUGCCAGGUCUUAUGUCCCUGACAGUUAUAAAGGCUCCUUACAAAAACCUGUCCUGCAAGGGGAAACCAGCUUUGAGGAGAUCCUUGCCAAGCAUUCCCAGCAUCACCUGUCAGUGUGCCAAGUGUUUGAAAAAACUUGCAGGAUUCAUAAAACCACACCGGGAGAAAUCCAGGUGGGAGCUUGUAUCACAACCUUAAGAACAGAGACCAAAACCAUGGACACUGUGUGUACUACUGAAGACACAGUUCACCAGAGGAGAGGUGCUGUGAAAAUCCUGAACUCACCAACAGCAGGAAGCAGCUCAGAGGGACUCAGUGGCCAGAGAAAUCAAGACAUUGGCUCUGGCAUGAUGAAAAUUUCCUUUGGAGAAGAGAAGCCAUUAGAAAUGAAAAUAAACAGCAAAAAAGAUGUUUUCAGCAGAGGGCAAAAUGGGAGCCAAAGCACUACUUCUGAGAACUCUCAGUGCAAGCUGUCUAAAUCCAGUUAUUCUUCCAGCUGGGAGGAGCUAAGCUGUAACAGCAGCAGGGAGUCUCUCAGGGAUGGGCAGCAAGGGGAGCAGGGCUCGGUGGAGGAGUGGUGCUGCACCACAGAAUCUGAUGGGGACGGUCAGGAUGGGCCCUUGAGCUCUUUACCUCCCAGAGACUGGCAUCCUGCUCCUCCAGAGUCCCUCCAUGGCUCUGGGGGCUCUCCUCAGCAUUCCUUGGAGGGCUGUGCACCUCCAGCAAGGAAGAUGGUGGAGAAGGAGUCUCUCUGCAGAGAAGAGCUGCAGGAGGGAAGACACCAUGGAAGGAGCUCUUCAGAGAAGAAAGCAAAGGGUUUGAACAAUGAGUUUCCUUCCCUCUCCACCUGUCACUCCGUUCCUACAGGGCAGGAGGAGGAGAAGUGCUUUUCCUGUACGGAGCUGAGCUGCAGGACCAAGGACAGCAGCAGGGAGGAAGGCUUUGGUCGCUUUGAGUGGGUCCACGCAGGAGAACUUGCAGACAGCACUGAGGAUCCCUCGUUUGAGGCACAGCCCCCCCGAAACAGGGGCACUUCUGUACCAUCAACAAACAUCAGGCUGAAAACAGGCUGUGACUCCUCUGUGCAUGACUGGGUGAGGAAACCUGCCGUGCUGGGGAGCAAAUCUCUCCAAGUGCCUCAAGUAGACACCCAGGCAGAAACAAUAGAUGACACUGACUUUGAGCUCAUCAGUGUGGGAGACUUGGUAAGCAAUUAUCCUACAGCACUGGCUCCAAAGCAUGAAGCAGCUCCCAGUGUGCCAACAGCUUUGCCCUUCCAGGGAAAGAUAUCCCCAACCAAGCACUUUGACUGUGCCACUACAGAAGAAGAUGAAGAGAAGUCUCAGGAUGUGGUCAGCAGCAAGAGACAAUCCAGUUCCUCUCUGAGUUCAUGGGUCAAACCAGCACAGAUGCCCACGAGUUCCCCUGAAGGUUCAGUCCCAAGGGGAGGUGGCUUUGCCUUCAUGCCUGGGAGAAUGAAGGAAGAGAUCCUGGAUGCUCGGUUUCUGAGGGAUGAUGAUUACAAGCAGCUUCUGGCAGGGGUGGAGCAUAAUUGGCUUGUCCAGAGACUGAUGCCUACUGGGAUUUUUAGGACCAAAAAGCUUCACAAAGCAUACUCUGCUCUUCUUCUGAAAUACUCCAAGAAAUCUGGGCUGUGGACAGGCCAGGAGACAGCUGUGUUCAUUGGGGACUACCUGAACGUAGCCAAGGAAGGCAAGCAGAGAAGAGCCUUUUGGAUACACUUCCUGCACCAAGAAGAAAGCCUGGGAAGGUAUGUUGGGAAGGAAUAUAAAGAAGAAAAAGGACUCCUCCAUCAUUUCAGUGACGUGGAGCGACAAAUGACCGCCCAGUACUACGUGACAGAGUUCAACAAGAGGCUGUAUGAGCAGAAGGUCCCCACCCAAAUCUUUUAUAUCCCCUCUGCAGUACUGCUGAUACUGGAAGACAGAACUAUAAAAGGGUGUGUGAGUGUGGAGCCCUACAUCCUUGGGGAGUUUGUGAAGCUGUCCAACAACACCAAGGUGGUGAAGAAUGAGUACAAAGCCACGGAGUAUGGCCUGGCCUACGGCCACUUCUCCUACGAGUUCUCCAAAGGAACUGACGUCGUCGUCGACCUUCAAGGCUGGGUGACAGGCAAUGGGAAAGGCCUCAUCUACCUGACAGAUCCUCAGAUUCAUUCCCUCAAUAGCAAAGACAUCUCCCGCUCCAACUUUGGGAAGAAAGGAAUUUACUACUUUUUUAAUGAUCAACACGUGGAGUGCAACGAGAUCUGUAGCUGCCUGUCUUUGAGGAGGCCCUCGGUGGAGCUGCUGGCCUAGGCUGGCACAGGUAUCCAGGUGAAAGGCUGUGUGUCGUGCUCGUGCAUCCAAGUUAGUAAAUUUGAUACCCUGGGAACAAGCUGAUGCAACCAAAGCCUGCUGACAGGUAGAAUGACUUUCUCACUCGUUUGCCCAUAACUAACGACUCUAUGGAGCACUUCAGGGAAUUUCUCUUAGAAAAGAUGCAGUGGAAAGGGAGCCCCUCAGUUAUCCCAACAAUACAGGCUGAGCCAAGCUUGCCUCCCUCCCUCUCCCGCAGCAUCCCAGGCCAUUCUGGCUGGCAGAGGGCGGGCACGGGGUGACCCCUCCAGCUGUGAGGCAGCGCGGCCGGGCUGCCUUAACCCCGGCAUCAGCUGCCCCAGAGCCCAGCUGCUGGGCUUGGGCACAGCUCCUGCACCAGACAGGGCUAUUCAUGGGCAACGAGGGGAAAGCCUCACGUCAGCAAGAGCAGAGCCACAGCCCUGCUGCCCAAUCCCUUCUGCUUGGAAGAACACGGCAGCAGCAGCAGCUCCUUCCCACCAGGCAGAACCGGGAUACGUGCAGCAAGGUGUUGGUGCUGCUGUCGCCUGCUGCCUGGAGGAGAGUCCCGGCACACGGGUGCCUCCCCCAGCUCUGCGGGGAAGCUGGCGGCAGCUCCCUCUCCCGGGGGAGACACACGCCGCCCUCCUUUCUUCCACUCGGAUGGAACCGUGUCCCGUGUCCCCUGGCCGAGCGGGAGCAGAUGGGGCUGUUGGCCGCCCGCUGCCCCAGCUCGUGUGAGCCCGCCGUGCCUCCAGCCCGCCCUCCAAGCACAGCUUAAUCCCGUUCCCUAAUCCCGAAUUCUCUGCCAAACUGCUCUUAAGGCAGAGUGUAUCUUCCAUCAGUAACACAAAGUUAUUGACAAUUUAACGCCGCGGCGCCGGCAGCACCGAGCUGGGUGCACAGAGGCAGCUCCGGCAUCCCGGGGGAUCCCGGGCGGCACAGCCAGCGCCCAGGGCAGCAGGACGAGGGCAGGAUCCCCCCGGCAGGCAGCAGGUGCCUUUCCUGCCUCGGUAACAGCCCAAACUGUCGUGCCGGCUACCGGGGCUGCCGUCCCCUCCGAGCAGGACAUCACGUUAAUAGAGGUUGAUUUGCAAACGGCGUCGCCCCCCCCAGUGCCCCCCUUUGCCUGACUCCCGCUUUUCUGCUCAAUGGCACAGAUGCUGCUUUGUGCUGCCCAGGACCAGGCAGCUAUUAGCAGCAAAUCCAGCGAGGGAAAUUAAUGAAGGCGACUACUAAUAAAAGACAGCUCAGGACAGCCCGAGCAACUUGCUCCGAGCGGUAAUUAACUUUUUUUAAAACUCAUGAAGGUAAAUAUGCCAUCAGCUUUGGGCCGGUCUCUCUGCUUUUUAAUAAAAGGAGGAGGAGGGGAGGCGAGGGAGAGGGGACGGCUGUGUGUCACAGCAGCCCCAGCACCAUCCCUGUUCCCUCCCAGCCGCUGCAGUGCGACCCUCCAAGGAUUUUUUUUUUCUCCAAUCAGUUUCUAGAAGCUUGAUUUUAAAUCUGGCAGGAGUUGUGCUUCUCCUUAACCUGAAUUCAGUACUAGAGGUCACGGGGAUGAACAGGCUGCCAGAAUUUUGCUGGACCUGCACAGCUGUGGCAGAAUCAUAGGUAGAAGGCAGAAUAUCCUUGUGUCUUUAUAUCCUUACAGUGUGAGCUUCUCAGAGCAAAAGAGUCUGUUUUAGGCUUUAAAACACAAGAUUUUGCCUUGUAGUAAGACAAGAACCUACAUCAGAUUACAAAAAAGAUCCCCCUGGGAUUUCUGCUUAUGCCAGGGGAUUUACUGUGUAAUAGAUAAUUGAGAUCCCUUUUGCCCAUGGGGAAUGGGAGCUGGGGCUACAUGGGCCAAACCCAUACAUAAUACAGGACCAUGGGGAAGCCCCACCUGAGGAAGGCUUUAGGAAAAGGGGGUUUAAAAUGUGCCAGCCAGCUGAGAGCCGUGUCGGGAGGGCUCUUCAACGAUGGCACUACGGGGACAGAUUUAUGUUUGCCAUGAAAGGCAGCGUGCCACAGCCCUUGGGGUGCUGGUUUGGCUCCUCGUGGCCAUUCUUAUGCCAAGGAGGGCUGUAAACCCCCCUGGGGGCCUUCAAGCUGCCCCUCCAGGCCUGCCGGCGCAGAGGAGCUUUUAUGCCAAAAUACAAUACACAGAAGGAUCAUAAACACAUGUUCUGGGGCAAGGGGCUGCCAUGGAAACCACCCCCAGGUUCCUCACAUCAUCCAAGGAGGUGUUGGCCCAGCUUGCAUCUCCUGGUCCCUUUCCGUGUUGGCUGCAGUUGGCCCUGGGAACUCCCUGCCACCUCCAAAAGUCAGUCUUCUGAGAGAAAAGAGGGAAACAUAUGAAAAAAAGAAAUUAAGGAGAGGAAUAAACUCAAACUAAGGGAAACAAACGCUUUUGGCCACAUUCAAAUGAAAAAUCAGGAUGGGGGUGACUGGGUUAGGUGACAAAUCCAGCCUCUCCAGCUCAGCUUUUGCCAGCCUUGUCCUCCCAGCCUUGCCCUCCUUAGGCCCAUGUUCUCCGAGGGCAUCUCCAGCCAAGGCCAGCCUCCCCCAGGGCAGAGGGAAGGUUUGGCUGGCGUGGCUCCCACCCCAAACCCCUCUCCACGCCCCCUCCAUCCUCAGACACGUCGUGUGCUUUUUCCCACGGCGGCUGCCAUUGCCACAGCCCCAGCAGGACGGCAGCGCUCCUGCCAGCAGGGUCUGUACCUGGGAUGGAGGGAAAUCCCUCCGGGAUGGCGCACCUGGCAGGGA